UCAGCUGACCGUGGCUACCUCUGCCAAGUUGCAUGCAUAUGUUUUAAUUAACGUAACUCGUCUCUCCUGUUCUUCUCUAUUCUCCUUCAAAUCAGAGCAAACACACGCUCGCAUGCCCGGCUAUAAGAAGGGUAUAAAUCAUUGCUCUGCCUCAACGUGAUUCACUCUCUCCGCUCAUCCGCCAUGGCAGUAGCAGCAGCAGCAGUAGCACCCUCUCGAAAACCACUCGUUGUCCAGGUGAUUGGUACGACGGGUGUGGGCAAAUCACAGCUGGCUGUUGACCUUGCACGAAAGCUGAAUGGCGAAUGCAUCAACUCUGAUGCCAUCCAGGUGUACAAGGGCUUAGACAUCAUCACGAACAAAGCCACGCUGGCUGAACAGCGUGGUGUGAAGCAUCAUUUGCUAGGGUUCCUGGAUGCUGGCAAGGAAUAUCGUAUUGCUGCCUAUGAUCGAGAUGCCUCUUUGAUUAUUGAUCAGCUCCAAGCAGAUGGCAAAUUACCCAUCGUUGUCGGUGGAACAGCCUACUACGCCUCCAGCCUCCUCUUCAAAGAACUCCUCCCUUCCUCCCAGGAAUUACAAACCGAUGCUUCCUCUUCGGAAGAACGCGAAGGUGGUCAUGAAGACCCACGACUAUACAAGACCACUGCAGAACUUCACGCUGAUUUGUCGCGUAUCGAUCCCAUCAUGGCAGAACGCUGGCAUCCCAAUGAUCGUCGCAAGAUCCGUCGUGCUCUUGAGCUUUUCUACAGCACAGGCACACGUCAGUCUGAGUUGUAUGCAAAACAGCGAGAAAGGGGUCGUAUUGGUCCUGAGCAUGUAGCACACAGGACUCUUAUUUUUUGGUUAUGGAGUGAUCAGAAAGUUCUGGACAAACGACUCGAUGCACGCAUCGAUGCCAUGAUUCAGAAUGGUCUAUUUGAUGAAAUUCGAGAGAUGCAUGCGCUCUGCACAGCAGGUCUCACUGCUCCGGCAAAUGCACAAGAUGGUAUGGACUUCACGCGAGGCAUCUUCCAAGCUAUUGGGUACAAGGAAUUCCUAGCAUUCUUGCAGAGUGGCACUGAGGCUGAUAAGGAACAAGGUAUUCAGCUGAUGAAAACUGCAACGCGUCGCUAUGCGCGCAAGCAAGUCAAGUGGAUCAAGAACAAGCUCUUGUUACAAUGCGCUCAGGCUGGACCAGAAGUCGAGAUUGUGUUGCUCAAUGCAACAAACUUGGAAGCGUGGGAGGAGAAUGUCGCUCAAGUUGCUUUACAAGCAGUCGAUGCUUUUGAGGCCGGUGAUGGGUUUGAUGCAAAGUCGUUUGUGCCCGUUGAGCUGCGAUCGAUGCUUCGACCUGCAAAAGAGAAGGAAAUGUCGAGUGACCCCACGCAGUGGCAGUCGCGACGUUGCGAGACCUGUCCUGGGUUUGUGGCUGUUGGGACGGAGCAGUGGCAGACUCACUUGACGAGUGCCAUGCAUCGAGGCCGCGUACACCGACAGGCGAAGCACAAGGCGUUUGAAGCUUGGAAGCGCAAGCAAGAGACGGAAGGUGCAGAAAUUUGAAGGAAGCCA